CUCUCUCUCUCUCUCUCUCUCUCUCUACAUUUCUUCCUCCUCCAUGUUGCCAUGUUCCAAAUAGCUGGAACCAGCUAUCCUUCUUCUACCCCAAUUCUCAUGUGAUUCCUCUUCUCCUCCACCCAUUCUUAACCACACCACACCCAAAAUAGCAAACCUACGUUUUCUCUGCACAUCUCAAUACCUAAAUCGUUAGACAAAGCGAGGGAGAGAGAUAGGUAUUUGCAUAGACAUGGAGAGAAACCGAGAGGAACAGAGAGGAAGGAGAUAAUCCCACCAGCACUGCACACCUCAAUGUGCAGUGCAAUCCAACGCUAUCCACCAAACAAAAUCGAACUGCAAAAUCAAUGGCUCAACUUCCCCCAAAAUUCCCCUCCAACACACCAACCAUAUCCCCCGACGCCCUGUCCACUGUCAGCCCUCCCCGUCUCCCAUCCAUGUCCUCCUUCUUCGUUGCCUCUCCUUCCGACGUGCCCGCCGACUCCUCAUGGGUCGACGAAUUCUUCGACUUCAACUCUGCCAAACGCGGCUCCCACCGCCGCGCUAUUAGCGACUCCAUUACCUUCCUCAGUCAAGACGGCGUUGCAGCGGACCCUAAUUUUGAUCGGAUUGAUGACGAUCAGCUGAUAAUGUCGAUGUUCUCCAAUGAUCCGCAACCGUCUUCGACGCCGCCCUCAGAUCAACAGAGCAUCUUCGAGCAAGAUAAGCAAAACACGACUAAUGCGACGUCAGGGGUUGAUCAGUCUGAGGAGCAGAGUGCGAGUAAUAAUGCUGAAACGCCGUUGGUUGGGGUGGCGGUGAAACCCGCCGUUACAUCGUCGGCGGCGAAAACUCCCAGACACAUUGUCGACCCCAAGCGCGUCAAGAGAAUUUUGGCGAACCGGCAGUCUGCUCAGCGAUCGAGGGUGAGAAAACUGCAGUACAUUGUGGAUCUUGAGAAGAAUGUGGCCACCUUGGAGGCGGAAAUUGCGGUAUUGAAGCCUCAAGUGGCUUCGAUCGAUCAGCGGCGGUCGGCCUUAAGCGCCGGAAACAGCCAGCUGAAGCAGCGCAUUGCUGCUCUUGCCCAAGAUAAGAUUUUUAAGGAUGCACAAACAGAAGCGCUGAAGAAAGAGGUAGAGCGGCUGCAGCAAAUAUACUAUCAGCAGACGAUGGCGGCCGUGGUGGAAGUGAGGUCAAAUGGGCGCCCCGUUGACGGCGAUAACAUGCCUAAUAUUCCAGCUGACGUUGUCAAUAAUCCCAGCACUAAAUUCUGAUAUUCUAUUGGUCUUGUUUGGUGUUUCGUGUUAUGUUCAUAGAAUGGGGUUUGAUUUCUAUUUAUUUAUUUAUUUUUUAAACAUUUCUAAUUAUUUUUCUUUGCUUUUGACUUAUUUUUCCAUUCGGAAAAGUAUUGAUUUUUGUUGAACUUAACCGGAAGAUGGUGUUGGAGAUGAAU